CUUCUGAUCAGCCACCAGCGGAUCCACACAGGGGAGAGGCCCUAUGAGUGUCCCCAGUGUCAGAAGAGGUUUCAGACCAGCUCCAAUCUCCUCCAGCACCAGCAGAUUCACACAGAGGAGAGGCCCUUCCGCUGCCCUGAGUGCGGGAAGGGCUUCAAGCACAAUUCCCACCUCAUCAGGCACCGGCGCAUCCACACUGGGGAGAGGCCCUACGAAUGUGGGGAAUGUGGGAUGAGCUUCAGCCAGAGCUCCCACCUGAUCAGCCACCAGAGGAUCCACACCGGGGAACGGCCCUACCAGUGUGAGCAGUGCGGGAAGAGCUUCAGCCAGCGCUCCCACUUGAUCCGCCACCAGAAGAUCCACGCUGAGGAAAGGCCAUACAAGUGUGGGGAAUGUGGGAAGGGCUUCAACCAGAGGUCCCAGCUGAUCAUCCACCAUAUGAUCCACACUGGGGAGAGGCCCUACGAGUGUCCUGAAUGUGGGAUGAGGUUUCAGACCAGUUCCACUCUCUUACGCCACCAGCGGAUUCACACAGAGGAGAGGCCCUUCCGCUGCCCUGACUGCGGGAAGGGCUUCAAGCGCAACUCCCACCUCAUCAGGCACUGGCGCAUCCACACUGGGGAGAGGCCCUACGAGUGUCCCCAGUGUGGGAAGAGCUUCUCAGACAGCUCUCACUUGACGAAACACCAACGGAGGCACCGGUAA